CUCUGGAGGGGCCCGGGCCGGCUGGAGGGCCACGAGGGGGGCCGCCACCGGGGAAGCCCUGCUGGGGAAUGCGGCAUGGCGGCGGCGCUGGCCGAGUCGGUCCCCAGCAGCAGCGGCGGUGGCGGGGAAGCGGCUGCGGGCGGAGGAGGAGGAAGCAGCAGCAGCCGGCAGGAGAAGAGCUUGGGGCUUCUCACCGCCAAGUUCGUGUCCCUCCUGCAGGAGGCCAAGGACGGCGUGCUCGACCUCAAAGCGGCUGCUGAUACUCUUGCAGUAAGACAAAAAAGGAGGAUCUAUGAUAUCACCAAUGUGCUGGAAGGGAUCGAUCUAAUUGAAAAAAAGUCAAAAAACAGCAUCCAGUGGAAGGGCGUAGGUGCUGGCUGCAAUACAAAGGAAAUCGUCGAUCGGUUACGGUACCUUGAAUCAGAAAUUGAGGAUCUGGAACUAAAAGAAAAGGAGCUGGAUCAGCAGAAAUUACGGCUACAGCAAAGCAUUAAAAAUGUGAAAGAAGACUCCACAAAUAAAAGUUUUUCAUAUAUCACUCACGAAGAUAUUUGUGACUGUUUCAACGGGGACACGCUGCUAGCAAUUCAAGCACCGUCUGGCACACAGUUAGAAGUCCCUGUACCUCAUCUGGGCCAGAAAAAAUACCAGAUCAAUUUGAGCAGUCACUCGGGACCGAUCCAUGUGCUGCUCAUCAAUAAAGAAUCCAGUUCCUCUCAGCCAGUGGUUUUCCCAGUUCCUCCGCCAGAUGACCACAUUCAACCUCCAUCUCAAACUGUGAUUCCAUUAACUUCUCCUAAACGGAACUCUCAUCCUCAGAACUUACUAGAGGAUAAAGACAUUGGUCAGUGUCAGUCCGUGCCACAGAAACCAGCCAGAGGUAUGCCUACAGAUGGAAGUUCUCAAGAGAAUGCAACACCUGAAACUCUUUAUGCCAGCAUUCCAGAUUCUGAGCUGUACGAUAGUCUAGUAACAGAAACCACGCCAAGUUCAAAUCCCUGUCAGCCCUUCCUUCCGCUGGACGUCAAUAGUAUCCUCAAGCCCAGCUCAUUUGACAUAGCAAAGAUAGAUGAGCCUGAAGGCAUCAUCACCAGUGAUAUCAUUGAUGAACUGAUGUCCUCUGAUGUGUUUCCACUGUUGCGGCUCUCUCCUCCUCCCAGCGACAACUACAGCUUCAACUUGGAUGACAAUGAAGGAGUUUGUGAUCUCUUUGAUGUGCAGAUACUGAACUAUUAGAUUCAGUGCUGCCAGAGUGCCUCAUCUACCUCCUAAACUACGUAAGAUUGUAGACUGUUUCGUAACACACACUUACAAUAAUGAAUGUAAGAUCUUUAUAA